AGUCCAGCUCUCACACCGGAAGUGUGAAGAGCUAGCAAGCUUUCCAGCAGCAUGCAAAAUGGUGGCCACCAGGAGAGGAGUACGCGUGGACUCUCCGACUAAAACAAACCCCGACCAGUCCUCUGAUGUCCCGGCCAGUCCAUCCGCUGGUCGGAAAACCAGGAGCACUGCUAAACAAGCAGAGAGCCCGACCAAACAUGCCCUGGUGGAGACCAGCAGCCAGCUCGAAAAAAAUGAGGGACAGCUUGCAUCUACCCCCCUGCUAAAAAGAUGCGCCAGAGCUUCCAGACUCCACAGUCCAGAGCAGUCAUGCACACCGGUGGGCUCCGUCCACGAAGCAGAAACGUCAGACGUAGACUCUUGCUGCUCUGCGGUGACUGACACAGAACUACCAAGGAUGCGCACCAGGUUGAGGAGGAGACAGCCCUGCGUAGUAAGUCAGGAGGAUGAGGAGAUAUCCGAGGUGGAAUCAUGCUCUUCUACAGUAUCUGCAUCGAAAGCUGUCCGUCGCAGCACGAGGAGGAAGGCGAUUCCCAAAAGCCCCGAGCCAGCUCAUGUUGAGGUGGGAGACGUCAAGGUCGACUUGGUGUCCAAACUCCAGAGAGUCACCAGAAGUCAGAGAAAAACAACGUGCUCCAGAUCAUCUGCCAAACAACAAACUGAAGACUCUGAGCUCUCAGAAGCUGACAGCUGCGUAUCCAGCGUCUCAGCAGCAGGAGCUUCGAAGUCCACAAUUCGCAGAUCUACGAGAUCCAGAAGGCCAACCGGUCCGAUACCCAUCUACCUAGACGAAACCUCGGAAGGCUCCCAAUCCCCUGGCCGAAGAGCUCGACUGAGCCGGGCAGCUAAAGAGAGUGCAGCAGCUGCUGGUGAAGUCAGUGAGUCCCAGUCUUGUGACUCUGAAGGGUUUGAGUCCGGGCCCACGUACAGUAUGACGACGCGUAGACGGAGAAAGACCCAAUCAACCGGCCCCAAAGCCGUGGACUCAGACGCUGAGCCAACUGACGCGCAUUCCCCAAUGGGCAGCCCCCGCACCACGCAAAGCAAAGGGACUCCCUGCAGAAGCCACAAAGGCUCGGAGAGCAGCAGUCGCUUGGUCAAAGGGUGUAGUGUUAUUAUUGAAAAAGCUGAGGACACUUUAAUCAAUGAUACUAGCUUAGAAAGUACAAUGAUCCUUGAGGACGCAGACUGCACACUGUUGGUAGACGAUGGGAACCAAACGUUGGAAGAAAAAGAGAAAGAAGGCGUGAAUACCACGGACCUCACACCAAAUACAGUGAGUGUGGAAAAGGGAGUAAUUGUCAUUUCAGAAGACGAAGACUCCCCUCGGUCUCUCAAGAUAUCAGACAGUCCUGCUUGUGCUGAGGAAGCUGUAAUUACACCUGCAGUGACUGACAGACACCAGCAGGAGGAGCGGUGUGCAGAAAAUAUGGACAGGGACGGCUCGGAGAAGAUGAUGAUGCAGGAAACAAUCCAGCCAUCGGAGCUGUUAAAGCCUUUGCAAUCAGUUGCAGUAACAUUAUGUGAAAGUGCUUCUGAAAUCACAGGGGAGACAGAGAAGAAGGAUGAAGCUGUGGAAGUGGCUGACGUGGACGCCCAUGCAGCACAGGGAGAUGAGGAUGCUGCUGUGGAAACGGGGCCGUGUGGGGAGGAGAAAAUGGAAGUCAGCACAUUGAAUAUAGAUGAACAGCAGGUGGUCGACUCUAAUGAGGUCCAAGUUGAGUCCAUUCAGGUGACGUCCAGCCAGCAGCAGAAUAUCACAGUGCAUUCUGACCCUGAACAGCAGCCUAAAGAUGUCAUCGUCCAGAAUACAAAAAUAAUCAGCCUGCUGGACAGCAGCGAAGAUGAAGACGCCGAUGAUGAGGAGGAGAUGGAAGUUUCUGGAGAGGAGGUCGAUGAAGAUCUGGAAUUACUAUCAGAGGAGAGAGCAGGACCUUCACAGAAGUGUGACGCAGCAGCUACAGCCGUUGGUGGACUGUUUAUGAUUGACACGCGGCCCGGACAGGAGGCUGAUGAACUGUACUACAAGGAGAGGCCAACGGAGGAGGAGGAGAAAGCCUCAAAGGGAGAGACAGUGGAGCAGGAGGACCCAGAUGAGUUUGUUGAUGAGGAGGGGGAUGGCGAUGAUGAUGCAGAACUCCUUUUCUAUAGUAGAAAUCCUCUGUUGAAAGACGCGUCCAGCCGUAUUGAUCCCGGAAUCAGCCUGAAGGAGCUUGGCGGCUUGUACAUCAAUUUUGAUGGCAGCCAAUCAACACCUGUCUCCGGUUCACUGCAAGAACUAAAGGAAAAGAAGAUCCAAGAUGAGGUGAUGAAGAAGAGUGUGAUGGGAGCGGACUUCGAGAAGAAGGACGCGGUGCCUCCGUACAGUGAAUCCAAACGAGCCACAAAGUUGAAACGCAAAACGGAGAGGGAGAAAUCCACAGGAGAUGGCUGGUUUAAUAUGAAAGCCCCCGAGAUCACACAAGAGCUGAAAGGGGACCUCCAAGUCCUGAAGAUGAGAGGCUCCAUGGAUCCCAAGAGGUUCUACAAGAAGAACGACAGAGAUGGCUUUCCCAAAUAUUUCCAGGUUGGUACGGUGAUGGACAGCCCAGUCGACUUCUAUCAUUCCCGUAUUCCCAAGAAGGCUCGGAAGAGAACGAUGGUGGAGGAGCUGCUAUCGGACGCCGAGUUCAGACGCAACAACAAAAAGAAGUACCAGCACAUUGUGACGGAGAAAGCGGCGCAAGGAGCUGGCAAGAGGAACAAGAAGACGAAUAAAUUCCAGAAGACUAAUUCAUUCAGGAAGAAGUAAAUCUGAAGACUUGAUGUGAUGAACUGAGUGGCCGAGUUCAUAAAUAUUGAUAUACUGAUAUUAGCAGCGAGAGGUGGGGUCAGUGUCGGAUGAUAAUAAAAAUAGUCAGUGUUUAUACACAGAUUGUGUACAUGCUUAUAUUUACAACUGAAACUUUUUUUAAUCGAAUGGAACUUAUUAUUCCAUUCUGCUGCAGAGUAAUCAUAGUCUUCUAAAUAUAUGUGCAUCAUAUGAACAUUAAAAUAUUAUUCUUUUGAUGACUGGCA